AUAUUUAACUUCUUAUUUUGCCUUUGAUGUGUUAGGAGAACAUUUUCGUGAAGGAGCUGGGUGUUUGUUGAUUAGCGAUGUACAACAGCAGUUACUCUCAGGCCAACUUCGGCUUGGCUGCUAAGAAGAUGCACAAGUCGAAAGGCAAGAGCUGUGGCUACUACAUGAAGAUUGUCUUCUUUUUCUCCUCGCUCAUCCAGUCUCUGAUCAUUGCGAGUCUGGUGCUAUUUUUGGUGUACGGACAGCCCGAGCACACGGUGGAGGAAAAGAGGCUGCAAGAGUUGGACCAAAGCGUCAGCAAACUCACGAUGGAAAACUUCAUUCUGCGUGGGAAGGAAAAGAACCUCACCAAAGUUCUGAACGUCACUCUCACUGCAAAGAUGAGCAAUGACAAAGCUCUGGCUGAAUUACGCAAACUGGCGAACACCUCGACUGUGGCAAUAAGGACCAUGCAAACAUCAGUGUCUCGAUGUGAGAUGGAAAAAAGAAUGGCUGCGCCUCGCGCAUGCCCUCCUACGUACUGUCCCGAUCCAAAUGACAACAACAGACGUUUGCAAAGCAUGCACCAGCAAUCAGAGGAAAUGCUAAAGCUGGUGAAAGCCAACUUUACUCAGACGGUGGCUAUUAUGAGAACUGAGCUGGACAACUCCAACAAAGAAAAGGAUGGGUUUCACUUGGAAGCAAUCAGACUAAGGCGAGACAAGGCUUUACUUGAGGAAGAGCUCAUGUUGUACCAGCAAAAGUGCAAAGAGGAUUUUGUCUCUUCUUUACGAGGAAUCCCCGACGUCACCAAAGAAUUCCUCAAAAGGAUCGAUGACCUCUUUUCAAAACACAUUUCGUUCCAGCUAACGUGUGACAAACAAAAAAAUCAGCUCGAAGACAUUCGGGAAAACUGUAGCAGCCUUUCCAGGGAAGUUGAGAACAAGCUCCAGUCGUAUCUGGAUAUAGUGGGGAACCAGUUCACAAAAAUCAACGGGGAAAACGCCAAAUAUGUGAUCGAGAACAAACGCCUGACAGAGGACGCUACUUGGUGCAAUCAGAACCGCAGUGUCAUGAUUCGCGAGAAUCGCAAAACUCUUGACCAACUUCAGCUCAAGAAUGACCAAAACAGUGAAAAACUUCUGUUGGAGAACAGAAAACUAAAAGGAGAAAACGAAUUGAAUGAAAAACUUCUCUCUGUGAAAGAAAAUGACAUCAAAAUGCUCAAAGGCACCAUUGAGUUUCUCAAUACUUCACUUGCCAGCUGUAAGCCAUCAAUGCGAAGUAACCCAUUCAUGCCAAACUCCUUCGGUUUGCCAAACAUGCCAAACACUGGAGGAACCGGUCUGAGUUCAACAGGACUGAGCAAACCAAACAUGCCAUGGCCCGCGACCGGCUCCACUGGACCAGCGUUUCCCAGUGCUAAUGGUGUAGGACCCAGCACAAGAUGGGGCAGCACAGGAUCAGGUGUGACAGGAUCAUUAAACACAGCUUUAGGGGGGACAGGGAGUCUUUCAGGUGGACUGGGCAACACAGUAUUAGGUGGGUCAGGAUUAACUAGAACAAGUCUAGGGACAAGUGGUUUGGGAGGAGUAGGACCAGGGGUGACAGGAUUUGGCAGUGCUGGAUCAAGCCCUACUGGAACUGGUAUAGGAACAGGGUCAAUGGCAGGUGUUGGCUCAUUCGGGUCUAACGUACCUGGAUAUGGACCAGCUCUUGGAGGAACAAGAACACCUGCUAGUGGUGAACUAAACCAAGCACAGAUAAGUCUCCAUCUGAAGGAGUUGCUUCGUUAUGCAACCUCAAAUUGAGGGAGUGAACAAAAUCCUGGCAAAAUCCCAGGCAAAAGCCUAGCCAGAGCUGUCUAUAAAGGUUUGAAAAUAGAAAACCUAUAUAUACUGACCCUGCAAGUCUGUAAUGUGAGUACUAAUUAUUAACAUGCAUAUUAAUUGCAUUUUGUGGGAUGAAGUUGAUGAUGUCUUUGUGCAUUAAAUUCAUGUAUGCUUGUAUAUAUCUUAUAAAAAUAUAUAUAUAUCUUGUAUAUAUCUAUCAUUACAAUUGUCUUUCACAGAUAGUAUUUUUUGUAAAGUUAUUUUAUUUGCUACAUGGAAUAAAAAGUAAAUGAAAAUAA